ACUUUCCUUCUCCUCCGCCGCCAGGCCAGCCACCGCUACCAGUCUGAUUCUCAGUUUUCUCCUCCGUCAUACGUUUGCGCCACCGCUGUAAAACUCCCCGAACUGCUAAUAAGCUCUUUCAGAUGGGUGAGGUUAGCGAGAAAGCUCCAAAAGUGCCAAUCCCAGGCAAAAGAAAUAUCCUAAUCACUAAAUCUNGUGCGCUGCCUUACGUCAACAACGUCCCUCACCUCGGCAAUAUCAUCGGCUGUGUGUUGAGUGCCGAUGUGUUUGCUCGGUAUUGUAGGCUCAGAGGCUACAAUGCCAUAUACAUAUGCGGAACGGAUGAGUACGGGACAGCCACUGAGACGAAAGCCUUGGAGGAGAAUUCUACUCCUCAACAAAUUUGUGACAAAUAUCAUGAAAUCCAUAAACAAGUCUAUCAAUGGUUUGACAUAAGUUUUGAUAAGUUUGGACGGACAUCCACUCCUCAACAAACUGAGGUUUGCCAAUCCAUUUUCAAGAAACUAUUGGAGAACAACUGGCUUACUGAGAAUACAAUGCAGCAGCCUUACUGUGAUACAUGCAAAAAGUUUUUAGCUGACCGCCUUGUAGAGGGUACCUGUCCAACACCAGGUUGUAACUAUGAUUCUGCACGAGGAGAUCAAUGUGAAAAGUGCGGGAAGCUUUUAAAUCCUACAGAACUAAAGGAGCCAAGAUGCAAGGUCUGCCGUAACACCCCAUGCAUUAAAGAUACAGACCACUUGUUCCUUGAGCUCCCUUUGCUGAAGGAUAAAUUAGAGAGCUACGUAAACAGUAUGUCAGUGGCUGGAGGAUGGAGUCAGAAUGCUAUUCACACAACACAUGCAUGGCUAAGAGAAGGGCUGAAGUCAAGGUGUAUCACUAGAGAUUUGAAAUGGGGGGUUCCAGUUCCACAUGAGAAAUACAAGGAAAAGGUUUUCUAUGUAUGGUUUGAUGCACCUAUUGGUUAUGUAUCCAUCACUUCAUGCUACACAGCUGAAUGGGAGAAAUGGUGGAAGAAUCCUGAAAAUGUGGAGCUGUAUCAAUUUAUGGGCAAGGACAAUGUGCCUUUUCAUACUGUAAUUUUCCCAUCUACACUUUUUGGAACGGGUGAAAACUGGACUUUUAUGAAAACUAUCAGUGUUACUGAAUACUUAAACUAUGAAGCAGGGAAGUUUUCAAAAAGUAAAGGUAUAGGAGUCUUUGGAAAUGAUGUGAAAGAUACAACUAUUCCUGUAGAAGUAUGGAGAUACUACUUGCUGGCAAAUAGGCCAGAGGUAUCGGACACAUUAUUUACAUGGACAGAUUUGCAGGCGAAGUUAAAUAGUGAAUUACUAAGCAAUCUUGGGAACUUUAUUAAUCGUGUCUUGAGUUUCAUUGCAAAAGAUCCUGCUUCUGGAUAUGGUUCUGUAAUUCCUGAUGCUCAUGGUAUUGAAUCUCAUUCCUCAACUAAGGCUUUAGCAGAGAAGGUCGGAAACUAUUUGGAUCAAUAUAUUGAAGCCAUGGAAAAGGUAAAAUUGAAGCAAGGCUUGAAGAUUGCCAUGUCUCUUUCUGGUGAAGGAAAUGCUUAUCUGCAAGAGAGCCAAUUUUGGAAGCUUUACAAGGAAGAUAGACCUUCAUGUUCGGUAGUUAUGAGAACUGCUGCUGGUCUAGUUUAUCUACUCGCUUGCCUCUUAGAGCCUUUUAUGCCUUCUUUUUCACGUGAGGUAUUCAAGCAGUUAAACUUGCCUGAAUCACGGCUUUCACUUUCUGAUGAAAAUGGUGACAUUGAAAGGGCUAAAAAGCCCUGGGAUAUUUUACCUGCUGGUCACAAAAUUGGAACACCUGCGCCAUUAUUCAAGGAAUUGAAAGAUGAAGAAGUUGAACUGUACCGGGAGAAGUUUGCUGGAAGUCAAGCUGACAGGACUUUGAGGGUAGAAGCUGAAGCAAAGAAGAUUACUGAACAAUUGAGUAAAGCAAAAAUUUCAAAUGAAAAAACAAAGAAGGAACGAUCAACAAAAUCAGCUGAAGCCAAGUCGAAGGCUGGAGCAUCUGUCUCUGCUGAAGCUGAAGUAUCCAUUAGCAGACUUGAUAUCCGUGUUGGUCUUAUCAAGAAAGCCCAAAAGCAUCCUGAUGCUGAUUCUCUGUAUGUAGAAGAGAUUGAUGUUGGUGAAACACAACCUAGGACUGUUGUUAGUGGCCUAGUCAAAUAUAUUCCACUUGAAGAGAUGCAGAAUCGUAAGGUCUGUGUUCUUUGCAACCUGAAGCCAGCAACCAUGAGGGGUAUUAAAUCUCAAGCAAUGGUUCUUGCUGCUUCUAACAACGAUCAUACUAAGGUUGAAUUGGUGGAGCCACCUCAAGAUGCUGCUGUUGGUGAGCGUGUAACAUUUUUGGGAUUUGAAGGCAAGCCUGACGAUGUGUUGAACCCCAAGAAGAAGGUUUGGGAAACCCUACAAGUGGAUUUUCACACUAACAAGGAAUUAGUAGCCUGCUACAAGGAUAUUCCAUUCACCACAUCAGCUGGGGUGUGCAAGGUUUCAUCCAUCUCUGAAGGAUCUAUAAGAUAGACGUAGACUUGCAUUUGAUUCACUCAGUGAAAAGAAAAUUCUACACUUUUGCGUAUGUCCUGUUCUGCUUUAGAUGUUUUUCAAAAUAUCAUUAAUGAUUGUUUAAUGGCGAUUGCCGAUUGCUGCUGUUCUAACCUUAUGUUUGCAGUCUAUACGGAUGUUACAAAGAUGUACUUUCAGAAUGCUUGGUUAUAGGAAUUUAUCAUUCUUAGUUUUUAGCACUGAUGGAUAUUACAAAAAAAAUUGUAUUUUGCA